CAAAAACCCACCACCUGCUGUCAAGUACUCCUCUUAGGAGGGUAUACCAAAGUGGGGGUGCAUAAUAACGCUUGACCAGUCCGACGUCCUAGGGAUGAAGGUCUGGGAGGUUUUUUUUAAGCCCUCAUUGCAGUGGAAACCUUUAAUAACUCAUAAUUGAGACUUUCAUCUCCCUUUUCCAUAAUAGAGCUAUGCCUCCUUUCCUGCCUUCAGCAUCUACAAAAAAUCCCUGAACCAAGCCAGUACCUACUUUACUAGUCAAUGACAGAUGCGCUGACCAGACUGCGCUACACCUUGUCUUACCCACUCACUAGCUCUUCGUCGUUCGCCUCACCUCACUGCCGAUCGCCGCGCUCCUUAUCUACGCUAAAUGUCCCUACCCUACUUUCUUUUUCGCGAAGAGCGACCGAUCGAACCAACGCCUUCCUUAUCAAACAUACUCUCAAGACUCUAGCGGGCAGCAGCCGUACAUGAUACCCGAAAGUUUUCACCCGCCUGCGGCGAAGGCCUGGUCAAUCGUAUACGAUCAUCAAAAUCGGAGUCGCUAACACCCAUUUUUAGUUGCCUCGUCCUUAGCUUAGAGUCAAGCUGGAUCUUCAUUUUACGAGAAAUGAAAUCUGCCUGCUGAU